UCCUACAUGAGCCACACACAAGCGUGAGCCUGGCUCUAAACUCCACAGCAGCUACUCUGCUACAAAGACAGACCCAAGACUCACACGCUGCUCUCCUGUGUUGUGCUGCUUUGCUUCUCUUCAUUGGAUAUUCCUCCCUGGGUGUUUUUUUUUCCCCUCCUUCUUCUUCUUUUUAAAAUUUUGUGAAUGGGCAUCAGUGCCCAGUGCGAGGAGCUUGUGAAUGGACUGACUGACUGACAGACAGGCAAAGAGAGCGGCAGCUGUGUUUCAAUUAAUGAGAACGAUGCUGAGAGGUCAAGUGAGGAGCAGCAGAGCCUCUUAGUAGUCUGGAGAUACAAAGACACGUGAGAGGAAUUGAGAAGCUGAAGGAAGAGAGAAGAUAAUGGUUCACCACAGAGAGGAAGACCUGAUUGGGAUCCCUUUCCCAAAUCACAGCAGCGACGUCCUCUGUAGCCUCAAUGAGCAGCGGCGCGAUGGCCUCCUCUGCGACGUCAUCCUCAUUGUCCGUGACCAAGAAUAUCGCACUCACCGCUCCGUUCUGGCUGCCUGCAGUCAGUACUUCAAGAAGCUCUUCACAGUUGCCACCACCGACGGCGGUGACCCCCAUCACACAGCAGCAGUGUACGAAAUUGACUUUGUAGCUCCAGAGUCUCUCACGGCCAUCCUGGAGUUUGCCUACACCUCAACUCUAACUGUGACAGCGUCCAACGUUAAAGAGAUCCUGAACGCAGCUCAGAUGCUUGAGAUACCCUGCAUCAUCAACGUUUGCCUGGAGAUCAUGGAUAGCGGUGGCGGAGGUGGCGGGGGAGGAGAGCGAGAGGAGGAAGGAGAGGAGGAUGAGGAGGAGGAGGAAGAAGAUGAGGAGGAGGAAGAAGAGGAGGAGGAUGAAGAGGAGGAUAUGGGGUCAAGGAAGGAUGAGCAGGAGGAGGACAAUGUUAGCGAGAGGUCACUGCAGUCGUUGGAGAGCAGGGGAGAGCAGAUGCCUAUGGGAAGGGAGGAUUUGCCACCUCCGAGCACCUCCAUGUACCACCGAGAAUAUAAUCAGCGCAGGGAGCCGUCCAAGUCCCGGUCUCCAGACACCAUGACAAGCAAACAGGAGAGUGUGGAGAGUCGAGCUCUGAAGGAUUUCUCCAUUGAGUCUCUCCUACAAGAAGGGCUGUAUCCCCGCAUACCAACACUGGACAGAAGGGCCAACAUCUCUCCUCUAAUACCUGGCUUCUACCCCGCUAUGUGGGCUGCAGAUUUCCCAGCCUUCCCCCAGCAGCUUCUGAACCCCACACAUCCACACACAGGAGCUUCGCCACAAGCCAGGCUUCCUCACACUUUCCCUGCCUCUGCAUCUUUUGAACCCUCCAGGCCCCUCGAUUUAGCUGUGAAAAGAGAGAUCAUCAAGGAAGAGAUGAAAGAGGAAGUCCCACCCAGUCUGCUCCAAGGUGACUUCCUCAAAGAGUUUGUCAGCUCAGGCCUGGGCAGCACCAUGAGCACUGGGUCAGGAGCAUCAGAAGCUCAUUCAAUUGGUCCCAUUAAAGAUGAAGCAGACUUCCGGUCAUAUCUGAGCUUCCUGAGCUCAGCGUCCCACCUAGGUUCACUAUUCCCUCCAUGGCAGCUUGAGGAGGAAAGGAAGAUGAAGCCCAAAGCAUCACAGCAGUGUCCAAUCUGCAACAAAGUCAUCCAAGGAGCCGGAAAACUGCCCCGACACAUGAGGACACAUACAGGAGAGAAACCUUACAUGUGCACAAUCUGUGAAGUGCGAUUUACCAGGCAAGACAAGCUUAAGAUUCACAUGAGAAAGCACACAGGUGAGCGCCCCUACAUCUGCCUUCACUGCAACUCCAAGUUUGUUCACAACUAUGACCUGAAGAACCACCUGCGCAUCCACACGGGCGUCCGUCCUUACCAGUGUGAGCACUGUUACAAAAGUUUCACACGGUCCGACCACCUACAUCGACACAUCAAGAGGCAAAGCUGCCGCAUCUCCCGCCCCAGGCGAGGACGAAAGCCAUCUGCUUGGCGGCCCACACCUGCCAACAACUUCCUGUGCCCUCCUACUGUUGCAGCCAAUCAGCUGGAGGAGAACGGGUUAAGUCCUGCAUACCAGGGGAUCAAAAGUCAGGGACUUGGGGAGUUGCUCGGACUCGGCAGCAGAGGUCUAGGAUUUAAGAGUCCAGACGGCUCUGGCAGGGAGAGCAGGGAGGAACGGCAAGCAGAGGGGAAACACAUCAGAGGGGAGGAUAAGGCAGGAGCAGGGAGGCAGAGGGGAGUGUUUGCCUUCGCCUUAGCUGGAGAAGAAGUGCUUACCCACUCCCCAUUUUAUGCUGCAACCCCUGACCCUUGGACCAUGAGACUGGAGCGUGCUCCACCCAUCCCUGAGCCAGCCAAAUGAACUGUGGUCUGUAGAAAACAAAAAAAAAAAAAAAAAAAAGGGAGAAGACAAGAAAAUUUCUUCAAUCUCUGUGUCUGUUCUGCUCCAGAAAACUAAAGCACCUUUUUUAAAAAAAUGAAAGACAUUAAUGAACCUUGUGAAGCCUGCUGAUGUGGCAGUAGUUAAACACUUCUUUUUAAACUCGUGGUCAGUCAUAUAAUAAAAUACGUUCAGCUUUUUGGAAGUUUAUGGAUACUUUCAUUGCACGUGGGAAGAGGCACCCAAUUCGACAAUGCUAAUGAGGAAAACACGUUUUAGUAAAUCAUUUUCAUCAUUUUUACCUCAAAAGCUGUAAAAUGGUGUGUGUUGAAAACCACAUAACUUUGACAUAAUUCCCUUAAAGUAAGAUAAUUCUUUUAAUAUUCACAUGCAAGAAAAAUGUACAUCUAGACCAAGAGCAAGAACUGUUAAAUUCUAUUGUUAUAUGAUUUUAAAAAAUUUUUUCCUAUAGCAGAAAAUGGUUAACAGAACAUUUCAGUUUCAUAUAAUACAAUAAUUUCAAUAAAACAACAAAAAUGCAUUUGAAUGAUGAGUAAGCCUUGGAAAAUAACAAGGGCUUAAAAAGAAUUUAAAACUGUCAAAUUUUUGUUUAUAUUCUAAACAUUUUCUAAUACAGGGAAGCCACUUAAAGUCCAAAUCAGGAUAUUUGAUAAUGUGUUAUUAUUGUUCCACUGCCUUGUUCUGACUUAAGCUUGUCUGCACUAUUGUACAUAACUUUUGGCCGUGGUGAUGUAAAUUACGGUUUUGUUGCUGAUGGUGUAAGAUAAUUAAAAAAAGAAAUAAUAAAUUUGAUAAAUAUUUAUAUAUUGCUCAUAAAAUACUUUAAGAAAUCCAUCCAAAGAUGAGUACUUUGAUACUUCAGAAACUUGAAUAAGACCUUGUUUAAAUGUUUUAAAUGAUUCUUCGAGGAUGUAAAAUUCCAACUAAUCAAACGCCGCUUUAGCCAGACAGUAUGCUUGUGUUUAUUCUGGUGCAGCAAAUCGAGAGGGUUUUGUUUCAUAUAAUGUUUGUCUCUGAUUUGUGCACAAAAAAAAAAAAAAAGAAA